AUGUAGUGUUAAUAUAAAGAACGCUGACACAAACAUGGAGCUGUUAUGUACAUGUUCAUCAAGGACAUUUUUAAGUAGCCAUGCCAAAAACAUACUCCCUCUUUUAUUUAACUGUAGAUUUAGUGCAUUAGCUUCCGAUUCAGUGCAGGUAAACAGGAAAAAUAAUUCGGAUUCUUCUAUUAAAUCAAAUGUUGUUCCAUUGCAACAAGAAUCAUCAGAGUUUCUAUGGCAACCAAGCAAAACUUUUGUCCAGUGUCAUUAUAAAAAUGGAUUUGGGAAGCUUCCAGUGGAAGUGAAUGUUUACGACAAUCGUCUCGGGGACGAUGCGCCUACGGUUGUAAUGUUGCUAGGUCUUUCCGGCAGUGGAGAGGACUUUAAGGAUAUGGUUGCUUCUCUAAGUUCUGCAGGAAUUCGAUGUGUUGCUCCUGAAAUACCAGGAUUUGGAGACAGUGUGAUAACUAGAUCCGAUAUCUAUCGACUUGAUUUCACUUCCAUUGGCCAGAGUCAAAUGUUGACAGAUGUACUUAAGAAAAUAAAGAUAGCAAGAGUGGACAGUGUUGUGGCUCAUAGUGCAGCGUCUUGGAUGGCUCUCCAAUUUGGUGUAUCUCAUCAGAGCGUGAAAUCCCUCUUCUUAAUAAAUCCAAUGAGCGUCCGACCUAAUAAAGCUAUGAGACCAUACCUUUGGACAAAGCUGGUUGGUGCAACUGCUAGAAAACAAAUGCUGUGGCCUAUUGCUGAUUCCUAUAUUAAUAUCGGCGCUCGAAGAUCAGGUUUCAAGAUCCCUCCACACAAACAAAGACAGAUGUAUGUUUCCCUAGAGACCGUGUCUACUGUUGAUUUUGAUUUAGUCAAAGAGAACGUAAAAACCAUCCAGGCAAGACGUCUCCCAGCAAUGGUGGCAUGGAGUAAAAAAGACAAAAUGAUUGAGGAAACGUUAACUCGUCAGCUGCUGGGUUUACUGGGCCUGAGAAAGGAUAUAUCAUUCGGUGAUAAAUUCAGUAAAGAAUGUCAAACCCAUUACAUCAAGGAACUUGUGUUCGAAAACGGAGGACAUGCUCUUCAUAAGAAAGAGGCUAAAAUACUAUCGGAGAACAUAAUUUUGAUGCUUCGACAUAUACUUUAACUAAUAAUAAUAGCAAAAGCAAUCAGAUGAUUAAAAAAAUUAAACUUUC